CUAAAGAGCUUAUAAUAUUUUGUCAGUUAUAAAAGAAAAUUCAGUAGAAAAUUAAGUGCGAUAAAAGUGAAAGAAAAAUAUAUUUUGUUUAUUUAAACGCUAAUUUACAUAAAUUAAACAAAGGAAAAAAAAUAUAAAGAAAAAUGGUACGACGAGGACGUUCUGCAAGUCCACCACCAGCCCAGAGGAGAAUGGCUCCAUCCGCUCCACAAAAGGCUGCUCCAGUUGCUGCUGCUUCUAAUGUUCCAGCACACGCACCACCAUCUGCUCCUGCUCCUAUGAUGGCUCCACAGCAGCCAUCCUUAUUCAAACAGAUGGCGGCUACGGCGGGUGGUGUAGCUGUUGGUUCUGCAGUUGGUCAUACAAUUGGAGCCGGUAUUACCGGUUUAUUUAGUGGUGGCGGAUCUAGUGAAGCUCAACACGCAGCACCAGCACCAGCUCCUGCUCCUCAACAAAAUUACAAUCAACCGCUGUCGGAGCAAAAAGGACCUUGCGCAUGGGAAAUUCAACAAUUCUUACAAUGUGCUCAGGGGCAAUCAGAUUUAACAUUGUGUGAUGGAUUUAAUGAAGCUUUAAGACAAUGCAAAGUUCAGCAUAACAUGCAUUAGAAUAUAAAUUAGCUAUUAUCGAGACUGUUAAUGUAAAAAUUUAAAAUAGUGAAAAUGAGAGCGGUUGUCACCUAGCAUUGUAAUUUAUUAACAUUUAUUUUUUUUGUUUAAAAUUCGAUAUUUUUGAAGUAAUCCGAUUAAAAUCUUUUAGAAUCCAAAAACUUGUAAUUUCCUCUAUUUGAAAAAAGUAAACUUUUGUAGUAAAAUUAAGUAGUGAAAUAUCUGUCUUUUUUUUUUUUUUUUUUUUUUUUGCAAUUUUAGUUAAAAAUUAAAAAUUAUAAGCAUAUUACAAAAUCAUGUAUUUUUAUUUCAGCUUUUAUCAAAAAUUUUUGAAAUUUAUUGAAGCGUUCAAAUGUUGGAAGAACACAUAUAUUUAGAGAUUUUUACUAGUGCGCGUUCUAAAGUUGCAUCUAAAGUAGUAAUAUAAAAUUACUUAUUAAGUAAAAUAAAGUAUUAAUUUAGAAUGCUA